CUGCGGCGGUGACUGGGAGUCGUGAAGAAGCAGAAAAACAAAAACGGGGACUGGCAGUUUGACUCCUUUCUUGCAUGAUGCCAGGCUGACCUGGUUGGUAGAGCAAAAGCUGACUGUAGUACUGCAAAUGCCACAGGGACCCGAUGAUUCGCUGUGCUCCCCUAGUAUUUUUUAGUAAUAAGUAGUAUUGUCUUAGAGAAGUUCUUUUUUUCAGACAGUUCAACCAACUAAUUAUUUACUUGUGCGCCCAGCAUGGGCGGCAUGCCUCGCCAGGGCUGCCGCAGUUUGAAUGGAAAUCACUGUCCUCCACCAUUGCGCAUUAGAAUGGUCGAGAAUAGCUCAGGUUUGUGGCUAAUCAGAUGAGUCUUUGGCUCUUUGCUUUUCACUAGCCUAACGCCGGUUACCGGUAGUUUGGGACGCCGUCAAUGGAUACUACGAACGACCCUGCCUUUGGCACUGAAAUUGGUCGCUCCGUGGAGCGAAUCAAUCUCAUAUUCUGAUCAGUAGACUGGUUCACUCGACACUCCAUUGGUAUAACCAAGAGAUCAUAGAUCCAGCUCUUGGUGGAACUUAUGACUUUACCGAGUUUAUAAUCAUUUUGCAACAGCAAGUACCGUAGCGAUGCCGAAAUUCAAAUCUCUGCUGGAUGGUAGCGACGACGAAGACGACCAAGCAGCAUUGGCUGCGUACCUACGUGGUUCCAGCUCGCCAACACCUGCAACAAAUGGAAAACCGUCUGCUGCUGUGUCGGCGUCGAGUGGAGCGAGGUUUGGGAUGCAAGGUAGCUUUAGUCGCGGCAGCCGUGCCCUUGGCCCAGGUCUGCAGAGGGGGCCUGGAGGCUCCUUUAACAUCCAUGGAAGCACCCAGCUCCAGACAAAGAGAGAGCAGGCGACUUCUGCUGAUACUGAACCGCCAAGCAGAGCAUCAACACACCGCAGUGCCGCCGGGUCAAGCCGCCUCGCAGCCAGCCGUCUCUUGGCUCCAAGUGGUACAAUGCACUCUUCUAGCCUGUUUCAGCAGGAACGUGACCAGAGAGCAAGCGUGGCAGGCCGUAGCAGCAGGAAACAUGGGCUGGUUGGUCAGCGGGCAUCGCGAUACAGCGCGAUGCAGCCCAAUGAACCAAUUACAAUGGACCCCACUGGUACUGCAGACACUGGUGAUUUGGAUCUAGACUCGUCCAUGUCCAUGAGUGACAUAUCCGAUAGUUCCAAUUCAGGCCUGAAACCAGCCGUAGCUAGCAGACCUAAGGGUAGCACCCGCCGGCCUCUGCCAGCGGGGACAGCUAAUAGUCUGGAUAUCGCCGCCUUAUCACUUUCAGCGGCUGGAACGAAUCCUCUGGUCGGCCUGUCCCCUCUGCCUCUGAGCUCAGCACUGAGUGUGACCGGAAUGUCAAUGGCAGGCGCUGGGGCAAUGGAAACCCGGUCUCCAGAUAGCUUGGAGGACUCGCCGGAGUCGGGCGGCCACAUGGCCCGUUUCGACGCUCGCCAAACAAGGGUGAAUCCUGUACGAAUGACAAAGGAACAAGCAUCUGCUCGCCAAGGCCAUACACGCACGCAGCUCUUGGACAGCCGGGACACGGCUUCGCUUGCAUUGUCGCUUGACGAUGGAGAUAUGUUCCAUGACGUCGGCUCAUCGGCAGCUUCUGAGCUGGAGCUCUCUAUGACAAGCUCGUUUCACAUGGCCUCGUCUGGCUCUGGCUCUGGCUCUGAGGAAAGCCCUACAUCUUCCGCGUCAUUUGCUGGCCACCACAUGAUGAACAUUGAUGAGCUCGAGCUUGCAAGCAGCAGAGCUGCAAGUAGGGCAUCCGGUGUUUCUGACGGCACUCUGGGCUUGCGCAAAAGCGUAUCAUCGUCAUCUGAGUUUGGAAGCACGCUCGACCUACACGAGGUUUCUGCCAAAAGUUCAGCUGAUACUACACGGAGUGCAAGGCUGGUCGGUCAGUCACCACUCUCUACGGGUCAUCUGGGUGACCCGCUGAAUAUCCCAACGCUGUCUCUGCCAGAUUCUAUGCAGAGCCGACCUCAGUCGGUUGUGCAGAUGCAACAUGCAGGUGAUUCAACUGAACUUACGGGCUCUACUGGGAGCACGAUCACAACUAGCAGUCUCAGUGAAACUAAUUCUCAAAUAAACAACCUUCUAUCGGUGAACGACUUGAGCACCAUUUCUGACCUCGCGAUAGAUGAUCUGAGCCCAACGAUCGCCAAAGCUCCUCCAUCGGUUGAUACCGCAUCGAGCGAGGAAGUUACGUCGACAAUUACUGAAUCGAAAAGUCAAGAUUCACCUAGAAGUAAAAGUACUAGGACUAUUGUUGAAAGUGACGCAGACUCCAGGCUCGAUCUGCUUCUAGCACUGGACGAUUUGGUUUCCAGCACCGAUAGUCCGAAUGAACUGGCAGAGGGAAGCGGGGUUUCUGGCACAAGUACCGCACAGUCGAGCGAGAAGUUACCUGUAGGGGACGAAUACUCGGAGGACUGUGUCUACACGGAUGAAUUUGAAACAGAUUCGGACGAUGCCAGCUCAUCUGAUCAGGCCGGUAGUGGCGGGUCAGAUGAAACAGGUUCAGCCCGAUCCCAUGUGAGUUCACCAGACUCAGUAGUAACACCAAGGCAAUCUGAUUGUUCCCUUGGCACAGGCUCUGCAAGCAGCAUCCCUGAAAGCGAUGCCCAGAACGCCAGUGACAGUGAGUCGGAAAAUGUCCCCUCGUCGCAAACACUCACACACCGGGAGUCCGAUUCAAGUGCAAGUGCUGAUUCUGAUAUCACGGUUGGCACCUCUCACAUAGACACCGCUGAAAGUGGUACCACUGAAAGUGACACCGCUGAAAGUGACGCCACUGCUAAGUACGACUAUUCUGAUGAUUCGUUUUGCAGAACUGCAGGCUCCGAUGUCAUGACCGACGACGCAGAAGGAACUAUGGACGACCGUCGAAGAACCCACCAAGCCGAUGCAGUUGCCAGCGCCGCGGCGCCACGCCCUGCUGCUGCAGUCAAAGGCGUCGUGUGUGCUGAUAAGGAAGUUCAGACCAGCAGUGCGGACAUCCCUCUCAUCUGGCAAGCGUUUCCGUGUGCUGUGGCGUCGGCGACUCCACUGGGCAUGGCCACUGUGGACUCACGGCCACUAGCAGAGCACGUAGUGAGUGCCGAAUCACUGGAAGCAGUCACGGCCUACAGUCCCGUCGCGCUAGCCAUUACCGACAUGCUCCGCCAGCAGAUAACCAGCACCAAGCGCUACAUGGAGGCUGCCCGCUUGCGCUACCACUCGCUAACCUGCACGCAGUCGGCCGGUAAACCUUGCCAGUGCAAAGACGUUCCGAAUCAGGCUCGUUUGCCGUCUAACGGCGGAUGUGAUCUCGACUCUGGCAUUCCAAGGCGGCAAUUUCGCUACACCACACUUCGGGAAACACGGGACUACAUACAACGCCAUCGACCGAAACACUGAGUUACACACUUGAUCACGGUUCAUUGAACUUCAUUCUGAAUAUGCUGGUUUCAGACCAAAGCAGCACUGAGAGGACCAGCUACAUUGCGGCUUGAUGCAUAAUUACGAUGGCAUUAUGACAAGUCUAAUGCUAACCUACUAUGUAGAGUGGUCCCGUGUGUGUGUGCCUGCGUAUGUGCGUGUGAGAGAGAGAGAGAGAGAGAGAGAGAGAGACCCGCAGUAUCCUACCUUUCGCUGGUUUAAUAACCAUUCCCGAAUAGGGUACUACUUGGGAUAUAUCUGA